CCAGGUUCGUUGCGGGGCCAGCUGGCAAAAUGGCGCAGAUCGAGGAGGAAGCAGAGCUCGGAGUCGAGGGGAAUGCGCAUUCUUUACAAUUUCUUCCAGCCUGCCCCUUUGGUGAUUUCCGUGAGGCAUUUGCCAGGGUCUUGCAAAGUUUGAGCAGGAAGACAACGGCUGUGUUGCUGCGCUUUCUCGAUUCCCCACCUCAUUCAGAAAGGAGGCAGUAGUUGGACAUUUUUGAACGUUGGACUCUACUUUGUGUGGCAGCUAUGACAAAGUCCGUGUUGAUCCUCUCAACCUCCCGUGAGAAGCUGCCUGUUGGAAAUGGUGACAAAAAGCUAGGGGCCUUGUGGUUGGAGGAGCUGGCGGCUCCCUACUUUGUUCUAACGGAGGCUGGCUUUGACGUCACGGUUGCAUCUGUGAAGGGUGGCAAGAUUCCCGUAGAUCCAAACAGCCUUUCAGAGGGUUUCAAGACUCCCGAUUGUGAAAAGUUUCUUGGCAAUGAGAAGACGAAGAAGCUCAUUGAGGAGUCAAUCGCACUCAAGGAUCUCGACAAGACCUUUGAUGCAGUGUUUCUGCCAGGUGGUCACGGUGCUUGCUAUGACCUGAACACGGACCCGAAUGUGAUUGCCCUUCUGGAGAAGCAGUGGGCGGCAGGUGGGGUGAUUGGUGCCGUGUGCCACGGACCCGCAGGCCUCAUCAAGCCGCAGCAGCACAGCGGCGACCCCAUUGUCAAGGGCAAGAAGGUGACGGGCUUCAGCAAUUCGGAGGAGGCUGCGGUUGGAAUGACCGACGAAGUUCCCUUCUUGCUGGAGGACGCACUGAAGGAGCAGGGCGGGAUCUUCUCGGCAGGGCCAGAUUGGGGGCCGUAUGCUGUUGCCGACGGCAACCUGAUCACUGGUCAGAAUCCUGCCAGUUCGUCUGAGGUGGCUAAGCUGAUUGUGAAAGCCUUGUCGACUUAGACAGGUUGAAUUGCACGAAUCUUUUCGAAGCGCUUUGGUGUCGAGGUCUUUUGGUCAACUCGACAAUCAAGCACGGCUCGGGCAGCCGCAAUUUUACCGGUUUUGAGAAUAAGCAAUAAUCAGUCAGGUCCUCUUCCCUUCAUAGCAGCGGCCCGGUUGACAGCAGAGACUUCCGGUUGCAUUUUCGUAAACAGCUGUGGUAGGACUGGUCUAUAUUGAUUGCAAUGCCGUACUUUAAGACGGCACGUUAGCAGAGUGCCGGGAACCGUGCGCAAUAGGACAACCAAACGUCUCACAACCAUGUGACGGUGCAGAAAAGGUAUGGAUGGCUUCGUUCAGCAUACCGGCACGCAUGUGUGCUGGGAUGUGUGCAUAAAAACAGACACCAACAGGUAGAUGCCACAUAUGCAUGCAUUGUAACGGGACACAACAG